AUGAGUCAACAAACAUCACAAAUCCCCUUACCACCAAUCAAAAUAUUAUUUGAUACAUUAGAAAAUGAAAGCUAUGAAAAAUUACAGCUAAAUAAUACAGAUUAUUAUUUGGAUCAAGGACAACGUCCACUUCAGAACCAGCAACAACAACAACAGCAAGAGCAACCACAGCAAUUAUCACCAAGGGUUUCAUUAUCAAAAUCACCUAUGUCUUCCCCAUUACUGCAAAUUGCCUCUUCUGCAGCUUUUUUCCCUAAUAACAACUCUACUGUCACUUCGGCCAUUGUUCCUGGUACUAGUGCUGCUACUUCAAGCUAUUUGAACAUUCUACCUGGGAACCCACCAUCAAAUUAUACAUCUUCAAUAGCUCCUAUUCCAUAUGAUAACAGGAGUUGUAAUAAUAAUGGUAUUGAAAUUCGUCCCCUACAGUCAAGAGAUGAUAACGAUUUAGAGAGAAAUAUAACUUCAAACAGUCGUAAUAUUAAGCAAGCAGUAUCUCCAUUCCAUGAAGUCCAAAAAUUAGCACAAUUCCAUAAUUUCAAAUUCAAUUCAACAAGUUCAAACAAUAAUAACGAAAAUUAUAAUUAUAGUUAUUAUACUCCAACUACAAGACAAUCAAGAGGUAUUUUGAAUUUGAUUGAUACGUCUUCUACUUCCCCUUCUUCAACAAUCACUUCACCAUCGACGGCAAAGAGUACACUCACUAACAACAAUGAUAAUACGACUAAAAUAAUAACACAUGACGUAGACACACAAUCACCUGAUGGUCGUCCUAACUUAGGAAGGAGGCAUUCAACAAUUCCUAGAAUUCGUUCCAAUAGUCCCCCAAAUAACAGGUCAAUAUCUAAGAAAAAUCAUCAUACUACCGCUAUUACAUCACCACAAAAUGAGAUGAAUAUGAGAAGGAAGAAGGGUUCGGGCAGAAGAUCAAGUUUACCAAUAACAACAGUACAAAUAUUAAAUGAAUGGCUAUUAGAUCAUUUAACUAACCCUUAUCCAACAACACAAGAGAAGAAGGAGCUAUUAAAACAAACAGGACUAACUAAGAUUCAACUAUCAAAUUGGUUCAUAAAUGUUAGAAGAAGGAAAGUGUUUAAUGAAAACUCAGACUCUUAUAUUUUCUUAAAAGCAAAAGAAGAAGCACUUAAAAAGGAAGAAGAACAAAAACAAUUACAAUUACAAUUACAAUUACAACAACAAAAUAAUCAUCAUCAUCAUGAACUAUCAUGA